CAGGUUAUACACUGAACGUAAUUAUUUUUAUAAUUAUCUUUUUAUGGAAUAUAAUUUUUUGAUUCAAUGUAUUAUUAUAGAAAUUUAUUCAAUUUUUAGGUUAAGUUUUCUUACUUUAAAGAUAUAUAUCUCACGCCUGCUUACCUUAGUAAAUAUAAUAAUUAGUCUAGCUGCUUUCUCCUGCUCAUGGUUCUACAUGAGUAUGUCGCAUCUACAUACACCUAUCCUAGGGUUUUAUACGUUAGCUCAGUGAAUUAACAUAGAGGGCGACCCAUAAGUAUAAAUUCUAUCUUUUAUACCUAAUUUCUAUAGCUAACUUAAAAAUAGUACUUUUAGCUCUAAUAUUAAAACUUCUAUUUAAUUCUAUUAUAACUCUAUUUAUUACUUUACUUUUAACUUAUAUUUUAACUUAUAUUUUAAUUAUAUAAAUAAAUAAUAUUUUUAAAAUAUUUUUUUAAGAUUUAAGAGUAUUAAUUCCGGU